AUGGGGCAUUUGAGGAAUCUUAAAGAAGAAGGGUAUAAUAAUUUGAUGGAAUUGCCUGUAUCAUCAUGGUCUAGGCAUGGGUUUGAUGAAAAUGUGAAAAAUGAUCAUGUCACAAACAAUUUAAGUGAAUCAUUUAAAAAUUGGGUUGGUGCACAAAGAAAUAAUACAAUUCUGAACAUGUUAGAAUGGUUUAGGAUGCAAUUGAUGGGUAUGAUUCAAAAGAGGUAUGAGGUGGCAUGCAGUUGGCAAACAGUGGUGACUCCUAACAUUAGGAAGAGGUUGAACCAACUCAUAGAGGAAUCUAGACAAUGUAGUGUCAUCUUUGCUGGAGCAGAUGAAUAUGAAAUAAUGGAUGAAACUGGUAGAACUGUGGUAAACCUUGGUGCUAGGACUUGUGUAUGUAGGGCAUGGCAAAUUUCUGGCCUCCCCUGCAAGCAUGCAGCUGCUGCAAUGGCUUACAAGAGAAUGAAUAUUGAGCUAUUUUAUGAUGAAAAAUUUAGUAAGCAUGCUUAUUUGGAAGCUCAUGGGGGAAUGAUACAUCCCAUAGUUGACUCAAAACUAUGGCCACCUGCUCAUGGUGAUCCACUUGAUCCUCCUCCACCUUAUAGAAGGCCUGGUAGGCCAAAGAAAAAUAGAAGAAUAGAUGCAGAUGAACCUACAGCAUGGACUAGUCAAGUGAGAAGGUCAAUGACCAUAAGAUGCAUGAUUUGCAAGGCUCUUGGACAUAACAAAAGAACAUAUCCAAAAAAUACAAAUAAGGUCCAGAAGGGAAGUUCUUUAAAAGCUGCAAAUGCAAGUGGUCCAAAGGGAAGUUCAAGCACAUCUCAGGUAAUUUUAUUAUCUGGUUUAAUUUAA